UGCAUGGCUCUAGUUUUGUUAGUUGGAUUCAAAGAUGCUUCGCCUGCUGAUCUUCCUGGCUUUUGCAAUUCUUGGCUGCCAGGCUGCCUGCAACGUGUGCUCCGCCACCACAGGACACUCCUGCAUCUCGGAGACAGAGUUCCAGUUCUGCUCGUCGAGUUCAGUGGCCAUUGGCACCACCUACACCUGUCCCACCGGAUAUUAUUGCACCGAGUCCGCCGUUCUCUGCAGUGCGGACUCCAGCCUAACCGCCUGUUCGGGAUGCAACAAAUGUAGCACGGAUAAGCGCUUUGCCUGCACCAGCCGGAAUACGUUCGCUCUGUGUUUGGGAACCACUACUCCUAGUGCUUCCCUGGGAGGCACUUGUGGCGCCAGUUUAGUUUGCAAUGUAGCUAGUGAAAUCAUCUGUGUGGAUCCCACUCAUAACCCAACCACCUGUUGGAGCUCCGGUACUGGAAACUGCGGUUCCACGACCAUUACGGAUCCCAACGAAUACUGUCGAGGUGUUGGAACCAUCGGAAGAUAUCCCUAUGGGGGAGUUACUUCCACCACAUGCAAACAGUACGUUUAUUGCUAUGUUGUGAGUGGAGUCUUUUAUGGAAAUGUGUACAGCUGCCCUGGUGGCAAUUACUUCGACAGCACCACCCAACAGUGCACCACCGCAACUCAGGCCAGGUGCUCGGACUCUGUUCAAUGCUUAACACUUAAUAAUCGUUUAUUGCCUUAAAAGUUGGCAGAGCAUUUUCAUAAAAUGUUCUUUUAAUUGUAACAUUUAAACUUGCAAUUUCAAUUUGCAAUUCAUUAAAAGGACUUGGUUUAAUAA